UCUUUCGACAGUCUGACAUCAGGCUUCAGAGUGACCAGCAAAACACAACAGUGGAGGAGAGUCACGGCAGCACCUUCACCUGUGCGGUGAACAGCACGGCGCAGACGAGGGAACAGACGGUUGGAGUACCACCUGCAUCCGCAAAUACCGUCUAUGGCCCCACUAAUGGAGAAGUGUCAUUAAAACCAGGGGUGGAUGGAAUUAUUGAGGAUAUUUUGUGGAAGCACAAAGGCAACAAGAUGGUGGAGUGGGAUCUGACUGCUGGUGCUGAAACAACAGAAUUCUUAAGAUUUAAAGGACGGACAAAACUCAACACGAAAACAGGAGAUGUGACCAUCAUACGCCUGGCAAAGGAAGACAGUGGAUUGUAUGAAGGAGAAUUCCAAAUAGCUGGAGUGUUGAGACUUACCCCGUGUGAACUAAAAGUGCUUGAUCCUGUGACAGAGGCAAAUGUCAACUGUGAAACCAGUGAUGACAGCACAACGCUACACUGCACAGCAGUAGGUGACAGUCUGACAUACAGCUGGUCAGGGCCUGGACUACCGACUGCAGGGAUGAGCGGACAGACGGGACCACAGAUCAGUCAUGAGAACCAGGACUCAGUCUACACCUGUAACGUCUCCAACCCAGUCGGUCACGUCAGUGUGUCCUUUCAUGCCAGGGACUGCUUUGGCACAAGAGAUUCCAAAACCAGAGUAGCAGUAAUUGGGCUUGCUGCGACUGCUGCUGUUCUUGUUCUCCUAUUGGCUUUGGCUGUUGGAAUUUGGUGCUACUUGAAGAAGAGAAAUCAAGAAGGAAACGUGUGCACUGGAAUUGAGACUGGGCCUUCAGGAGAGAAGCAGGACGCUAAACGACCACUUCUAGAAUCGCCACCUAGAGCAUGUCCAAUCCCUCUUCCUGGAGGCACAAAUGCCGGACAAUUUACUCAGAAAUGUGGGAACAUUGAGUUGUGGAACAUUCAGGCCUAA